CUGACAGGAGCGGUCAUUCCGCAACUUCUUGCAGAGGUAGCAACAUGGAAUUUUUUGGAAAGCUCAUGCGUCUCUUAGGCGUUGGCAAGCCCGACAUGGAUCCGACUGUAAAUCUACCACCAGAGGUAGUACAGUCUAUUUUUAGACUCCUGGAUCCUGAAUCUCUUUUGAAUGCGGCUAGGGUGUCACGGGGAUGGCACCGUGUCUGCCAAAGUGACCCUCGUUUAAGGGCCACUGCCAGACGCCAUAUUAGGAGGGAGCAAAUUAUGAUUUUCGAUCUGAUAUUUCAGGUGAGGAAACCGGAAACUGUUGUAAAACAUUCCCAAAUUCGGCGGGCUUCAGCUCGUCCGGUUGUUUUUAAUUAUGGACCUUCUGGUGUCUCCCGGGGGGUUAAUAAUAUUGUUCCGCAAAAUGGGAAAAAUAUUGUUAAACCCCGAGAGAAACCGGAGUUUAGAAGUAUGCUUAAGUUUAGAUAAAGUUAUGUUGGUUAGAUAGGAAUUAGGGUAAUUAAUGGUAAUUGCGGGCCCGCGAUAGUAUUAGGAUUGUUAGCUAACAAUUAGAAUAAAUAUAAUUUAUUUAGUUUCGAUUGUAAAAGGGAAUAAAAAGUAAAAAAAUAGGGUAAGUGGGAAUUUGUAUGGUUUUUGUAAUUAGUGAAAUGAUAGUCCUCAGAUAUGUGUCAAAUAAAUGUUAGGUGACAAUUUCCCUAGGUACAAUCAAUAUAGAAAUAAAUUUGAAUCUGUAUUUCAAAAUUUGCGAAAUAAAAUUUGAAUGAAAAAUAAAUCUGUCUCGUGUUUUUUGACUCUAAUCGCUACAUUCUUAUUGUUUGUGAUUAUCGUAAUUUAUAUAUCUGUUGAACUGGUUUGUA